CCCAAAUAGUUUCAAAGAGAAAGAGUUGUGAAAACAUGGCAACUGAUGUGGUGGUUCUACGACAUGGUUCGGCGGUGGAAGCAUCGUCCUGUAAGGCGGGACCGGGUUACGCCUCACCUCGAGAAGCCAUGGCUGGCCCCAAAGAAGCUCUCCUUUAUGUCACCUGUCUUUACACAGGGACUGGAAGACAAAAGCCUGAUUACUUGGCAACUGUGGAUGUUGAUCCAACUUCUCCUACUUAUUCAACAGUCAUCCACAGGCUGUUUAUGCCAUAUUUAGGUGAUGAGUUGCAUCAUACAGGAUGGAACUCAUGCAGUUCUUGCCACACAGAUCCAUCUGCACAACGGCGUUUUCUGAUCGUACCUGGACUGGUGUCUGGUCUUAUUUAUGUGGUGGACACAAAGACAGACCUGAAAGCCCCCUCAUUGCAUAAAGUGGUUGAAUCUGAAGAGAUCGUUCAGAAGACUGGCUUGGCAUUUCCACACACAUCUCAUUGCUUGGCUUCUGGUGAAAUAAUGGUAUCAUGCCUAGGUGACAAAAAUGGCAAUGCAAAAGGAAAUGGAUUUCUUCUUCUCGAUUCAGAAUUUAAUGUGAAAGGAAGGUGGGAGAAAGAAGGCCAUAGUCCUGAGUUUGGCUAUGAUUUUUGGUACCAACCUCGACACAAGACAAUGAUCAGCUCAUCAAUGGGUGCUCCUGCUACUUUCACCAAAGGUUUCAAUCUUGAAGAUGUCUCUAAUGGUCUAUAUGGGAGACAUCUUUACGUAUACAACUGGCCUGGUGGUGAACUAAAACAAACAUUGGAUCUUGGUAACACAGGGAUAAUACCUUUGGAGAUAAGGUUUCUGCACGAUCCUUCGAAAGAUACUGGAUUUGUUGGAGCUGCCUUGACAAGUAACAUAGUGAGGUUUUUCAAGAACCCAGACGACUCAUGGAGCCACGAGGUCGUAAUAUCAGUGAAACCAUUGAAGGUACAGAACUGGAUUUUUCCAGAUAUGCCUGGAUUGAUUAAUGAUUUACUAAUCUCACUCGAUGACCGCUUUUUGUACUUCGUGAACUGGCUUCAUGGUGAUGUGAGGCAGUACAAUAUUGAGGACCCUAAAAAUCCCAAGUUGACAGGCCAAGUCUGGGUUGGGGGACAAAUUCAAAAGGGAAGCCCAGUUUUGGCCGAGGGAGAAGAUGGUCAAACUUUCCAAUUCGAUGUUCCAAAAAUCCAGGGACAGAAAUUGAGAGGUGGACCACAUAGGAUGCAGAUGAGCUUAGAUGGGAAGCGACUUUACGUGACGAACUCACUUUUGAGCUCAUGGGAUUGCCAAUUCUAUCCUGAGAUUAUGGAGAAAGGUUCACACAUGUUGCAGCUUGAUGUUGAUUCAGAGAAUGGAGGUUUGGCUAUCAACCCAAAUUUCUUUGUGGACUUUGGAGCUGAACCUGAUGGCCCUUCUCUUGCCCAUGAAAUGAGAUAUCCAGGAGGUGACUGCACUUCUGAUAUAUGGGUUUAAUUGCUAAACUUCUCUUUAUUAGAUCUUUACAAUAAGUUGGUUACCUUCACUUUGACAUCUUUGAUCUUUCUACCAAAGUCAAAUAAUCAAGUGUUUCUAGUUUGUAAAGAAUGAAUAGUAACAUAUAAAUGUGAAGAAGUUGAUGUAGCAUUGUGUAAAACAUAUGUAUUUUAGCUAAUCUAUUAGUGCAUCUUCAAGGGCUCUUCAAGAUAACUUUUGUAUAUUUACUCCUCAAAAUGGAGAAUGCUAAAAGGACUAUCUCAUGUAGAGAGCUUCCUAACUUGUUAUUAAUGUUUAUAUAUAAAAAUAUAUAUUUGGUAAA